UUUCAUCUUCCUCUAACUCUCACGUGCCCCACGCGCCACUUAUUCUUCACGCCUUGCUCGUCCCUCCUCUCCACAGCUCAGUACCGCUGCUGCCGUCGCUGCCUCCACCGCUGUCGUAUUUCUUCCGCCGGUGCGGCCGCAGCCUCCCUCCUACUGAGCUUGCAUUGCUUUCCACCUCUUCUUGUUACUGAUAACAUUCGAACGUGACUUGAAUAGGAAGCUGGACAUCUUUUCAAUUUUUCAUUAGAAAAUAUUCAACAAAAUUCUAAUGGUGAAGCAAUUAGUUCGUAAACGAGAAGUCUGUGAGGCCGAGGAACUCGAAGUUUUCACAGAGCAAUCAAACUAUGAAAAUUUGUUAAUGCAAUUACAAUCGUGUAAUAAGGAUGUUGCUGCUUCAUGUAUGAAAAGACAAAGACAAGGAGAAGGAAAAAGUGAUACAGAGGAUGACGAGGAUGACUGUUCUGAAUCUUCUAGUGCAUUGGAGGAGGAGGUGGAGGAGGAGGAGGAAGAAGAAGAAGGUAAGAGUUAUGUUGGCAUCUCAUGUUUUGAUUCAUCCCAUAUUAAAUUGUUGUUUUUAGUUUCAUUCUCACGAAUUCUCAAUAUUGUAGUGACUGAUGAUGAGUCCCGUAGAAGUCCAUCUUUGGGAAACAGUAUGUAUGAGCCAGUGUUAAAUGAUGAAACUGAAGAUGAUGCUGACAGCUCUGACACUGAUCAGGAGAAUGAACUUGAAUUUCGUUCUCACAGUGGCCCUUCUACAUCUGAUAUAACUAGUUCCUUUAACAAACACAUGGAGCGCAAGUUAUCUGAAGGGGAGGUUGAGAAUUUCCUUAAAAUGAAAUGGAAGUAUACAUGGGCGGUUCCUGCAGUAGGAAUGCCAAACUGCAAGUGGUCAGGUACCGGAGAGUGCUUUCUAAAGGAACUGGACGUGAAACCUAGUAGUUACGAUCUUAAGCUAAGGUUAUAUGAGCACUGGUUGGAUACGUACAAGUCAUCUGGUGGCACUGACUUCCAUUCAUCGAGACAAAGAUUUUUCUUUUCCCUUUGCAACAGCUACCGGGAUAUACUGUACUGCAACAAGAAACCUUUUUAUUUAAAAGGUCUUGAAGAAGACUCAAGUAUCAUGGAUUCAUAUAUUAUGCAUUCUUUGAAUCACGUUUUCAAAACUAGAGACCUCAUAACGAAGAAUGAUUCUAAAGUAGCCAAGCAUCAAGACUGUGCUGAGAUUCUUAGUGGAGAGAAAUUUCUUGAUCAUGGAUUUACUCGUCCAAAGGUUCUGAUUUUAUUGCCCCUUGCAAGCAUUGCGCUUCGUGUAAUUAAAAGGCUUGUGCAUCUUACCCCAUCGGCAAACAAGGUUACUGUGGAGUAUCUUGACCGUCUAUUCAAAGAUUUUGGAAAUGGAGAUGAUGGGAAGAAUGAUGAUACGGGUGAAUUAUCUCUUAAUGACCAGAGUUCCAGCUCUCAAAAAUCUUCAAAACCUUCUGACUUUCAAGCACUCUUUGGUGGGAAUAAUGAGGAUCUCUUUAUGAUCGGUAUCAAGUUCACCAGGAAGAGCAUUAAGUUGUUCAGUGAUUUCUAUUCAUCUGACAUCAUUGUUGCUUCUCCCCUUGGUCUGAUAACAAAACUUGGGGAAAUAGAGAAUAACAAGGAGAAAGAUGUCGAUUAUCUUUCUUCCAUUGAGGUUCUAAUCAUUGAUCAUGCAGAUAUUAUAGCAAUGCAGAACUGGUCCCAUGUGAAUACUGUUAUUGAACACAUGAACAAGAUACCGUCGAAGCAGCAUGGAACUGAUGUGAUGCGGAUAAGGCAGUGGUAUCUUGAUGGACAUGCGAGGUUCUAUAGGCAGUCAGUAAUUUUGGGUUUCCACUCAAACCCAGAUAUAAAUGGAUUCUUCAAUCGCUACUGCAACAACUUCGAAGGAAAGGUGAAGUUGUUAUGUGAAUACAAAGGCAUUCUUCCAAAAGUUGUGCUCCGAGUCCGUCAGGUUUACGAGAGAUUUGAUUCAGACUCUUUAGCUGAUGUUGAUGAUGCUCGUCUUGAGUACUUUUCCAAGAAGGUGUUUCCAAAGAUAAAUGAGUCUAGUCAGGGUGGAGUCAUGCUAUUCAUUAGUUCUUACUUUGAGUUUGUCCGAGUUCGAAACUUUUUGAAGGCACAGAACGCUUCAUUCUGUCUCCUUGGGGAGUAUACAAAGCAAAGUGAUAUCUCACGAGCACGAAAUUGGUUUUUUGAGGGGAAGCGGAAGAUCAUGUUAUACACAGAGAGAGCUCAUUUUUAUCACAGAUAUAAGAUCCGUGGCAUACAAAACUUAAUAAUGUAUUCCCCUCCUGAGAGGAAAGAGUUUUACCCUGAGAUUGUAAAUAUGCUUGAAGAAUCCCAGAAUAUGACGUGUAGAGUUCUAUUUUCUCCUUUUGAUCAGCUCCGGCUGGAGAGAAUAGUUGGAACUGUGCCAGCAAAAAAGAUGACAACAUCAGAGAAAAAGGUUUUCAUAUUUUGCUAAACUCCAUUUUUAGCUGUCGUCAAGCUUGCCGAAGGACAGGAACAACCAUGUGAUGAUCUCGAUGCAAAAGUAAAGAUGCUUUGUUCCUCAACUUCAGAAUCUAUUUACGGUGAAGAGUCAGUUUUGAUUAUGCUUCGGCCCUCCAUUUUUUGCUUUAAGUUAGUGAUUUUUAUUCGUCAUAUUGAUCUUUGGUAUUUAAUCUGAUUGUUAUUUAUAUGUAGUAUAUGUGUUCAAGAUUUUCUUUAUGUUCGACAUUGAGGAAGAAACUAAUGUAAUGGGUCCAAUCUUCAAACAACGUUAUGAUUCCAAUUAACUGAAUCAUAUUUUGUAACAACUAAUGUUUAGAAGUAAUAUUCUAAUGAGCAGUUUUUUUUUGUUA